ACAGCGCGCGGAGUCGCGUCAGUGCAAAGGCACGAGCUGUGCCGUCGAGGUGACGACGACGUGUCACCGCUCGGCCUCUUCAUCUUAUCGCCUCACGUUGCCUUUAUUCAGGCCGUUGCGUCGCGACGGCGUGAACGUCGUUCGUCUCCGCGCGUGAAUCAGGACCCGCUGGUACUGACGCGGCUCAGUACUCCGAAACCCGGCUCCGGAAUCCGAGAAAUGCUACGCCGAGCUCCGAGAGGAGAAAGGAAGAGACCCGCGCUCGCAAACUAUAAAAUCUAGGGUCGUGCGCGCCCAUAACGUGUGUCUGUGUGCCUGUGUGUCUAUGCCUAUGUGUCGUGUGUCAACGAGCGUGUGCGUGCGUGUGCCGCGCGCGCGCGCGCGCGCGUCUUUCUCCGCUCACUGCCGCACGCGCAGUGUCUCUUUAACUUGUUAACCGCUCAUGCUCUCUCGGCCAACUUAUGCGGGAUCGUCGUUUCGCUUUCCUUUCAACGAGUAGAAUCUGUGUCCGUGUUCGAAGCUUGAUUAAUGUUUAACAACUGCCCGCGUUCGUCGUAAAGGAAGAAUAGCUCGCGUCACGUUCGCGGAUCGUUUUCGAGAGGCUCGAGGUACUCGUGUUGUCGCGCUAAAUAAUCCGAAAAAUACACCGGCUGACUUCAGCGCGAGAUCCGAGAGUGAUUCAUUCAUGCAAAUGCCGGCGGUUUACACAAAUAAACGCAAACGUAAAAAGUUACGCUUAGCGUGUAUACAAUAAUAAUAAUAAUAAUGCGUGAGCGAGCGCGCGGGUGAUAACGUGUCACGUGUCACUUGGCAGAAUCUGUAACGCGUCGCGAAUAAUCGGGACGGAGACGUUGACCCGCAUAACUACAGUUGAAAAUUUCACUGCUCGAAAGAAUGAGGCGCUGCGACUUUAGCUAGUCGAUUUGCCGCGGAGAAACAGGAGCAGUGAUUUGAGAAGAGGCACCACCGCAGCGGGGAAGGGACAGCUGUGCACCGUGACAGAGGCAACGACCAGGCUCGAUGGGUUAAUAUUGAAUAGUACCGAGAAUUUGUUCCCUCUGAAGCGACGCUAGGCCGAGGAGGAAUUAGUCCCCACGAUGGAGGUGAAGCCGAUACCGAAGCCGCGAUCAAUGUUGACUGAUAACAGGCCGGUACCAGCGCCUCGAAAAAUCUUGCCACCUUCCAACUUGCCACCGGCUCGUUCCAACACUCCAACCAGCGAAUCCGGUCAGUCCGAAAAGAGCGACGAUCUGAGGUCAACCGGUAGUACUAUCAACGAGAACACCAACCGCAGCAAUCACGAAUUCUUCCGCAAUCUCAGCACGAGUUCACGCCAACUGAAGGAUGAAAUCUCAGAAAAGGUGACGCUGAAGGGACGCGCGGUCAUCUCGAGCACGCGGAAUGCCAGCAUUCGACUGGAGAGAUCGAUGAAGAACCUGCUAACUCGACGGUUGUCGUCGCUGAAUCAGGACGACGUGGUCAACCAGAGUGCCGCCCAAAAGAAGCUUAAGGACCCGGUCGAGGAGGACAGGUGCGUAUCGAUGCCAGCUGACGACAUUUUCAGCAGCAUCUCGUUCUACAGUCCCAUAAGUGGCAAUCUGCGAAGCAUGAAAAACGAAGAAGAUCUGUCUGCCGGUGGCAGGCACAGCCCACCACCUCCGGUUUAUCCGCCACCUCCGCUUCCGGAUGAGUCUAUCUACGAUGAGCUGCAGUCCGUCACGUCGGGAAGUAGCAGCCGAUACGAUACGCUCAGUUCCACAGUGUCCGACAAGAUCGAGCGGGACUUUCCCGAAUCGUUCAAUCUUCUCAGCCUCGUGCGUAAUCAGGGUAGCGACUCAGACCAAAGUUCAAAUAUAUCUGAUGUCAAUGUAACUUUGCCAUUGGAAAAAUCUGAAAUUUUCGCCAAGAGACUAUCGAGAUCUGACUCUUGGACUUUCUACGAUGCCACACCCGGCACGAAAGUCGAGAACAUCGAUGAAGUAGACAGGAUAUCUAGUGUUGAAGAAGAGAGUUCAGGAAAGUCUUUGAGGACGGAAACGCCGACGAUAGAUCGAAAUUCUUGCGCGUCCAACGAAAGUCAGGCUUCUAUCCAGAAUUCUCUCUACGAAAAUCUAUCACCGCCGAAAAUCGAAUGCCGGCUACAACCCGCGACCAUUCUCUCAGAUACCAGACAGCAGAGCAGCAAGUCUCUGCUCUUUGAAUUCGACCCGUUCGCGAGAACAUCCGAGGACGACAACGUCUACAGCAACUACGAGAACAACGAUUUGAUGUUGUUAGAAGCAUUGUUAGCCACUAACGACUCGCCCAGCAGCGCCGACAGCACACUGGAGUUCCGUGAGAACACCGAUGUCGAAGAGGAACAGGAAGACGAGGAUUUGAUACAUCCUGGCAUCAGUUCAAUACCUCCGGAGCCGCCCAAGAGAUUCGAUUCGCUUCCCAAGAACGAAUAUGAUGUGGCGGAAGGCGUUGAACAGCCUGAUAAAGUGGCGACAUUAGGUAAGAAUCCGCCUCUCUUGCCGAAGCUCGCACACUUGGUGACCAAGAAGCAACCCGCGGUUCCUCCCAGGAAACCUAACAUGAAAAAUCCGCUUAUGAGGAACACUUCGCCUUCCCAACCGGUUGUGAAUACAGUGACAACGACGGCGAGGACAAUAUCUGAAAAUAACGUUGAGGAAAGUGUUACCAGUUCUUCGUCUGCCUCGCCAAAGAUUGCCGAGGAUAAUUGCAGAGUGAGUGUGAUACAAAAGUUGAAGAAGCUACGACAUGAGUCAAGCAUGCACGCCAUCAAGCCUAAUGUAAUCAGUUUCGUAAAGAGUGGUAGUAAAUUGUUGUCCAGGACUCGCGAGCAUAUCGGUGAGUCCGGCUCGAGGUCGCUUCGAAUGGAGAGGCCAAAGGUCAAUGCUCCGCAUAAUCCGAUCACACAUAAGGGAAUGAUAUACAGGCCUGGAGUGGGCAUUGAGAGAACUAAGGACCUUGUGCCAAGAGCGGCAGUAUUGCUCGAUCGGAAAUUAUCAUUCUAUACUGACAAGAGCAUGUCUACGCUGAAGGAGGUCGUAGAACUGGAGACAGUGCACAGUAUUCAUCUGCUUCAAGAUGUUAAGACCAUGGACGGUGAAACAGUGCAUUGCAUAGCGAUUAGUGGCGAAGGCAGACCAAGCGUGCACAUUUUCUACGCAAAGGGUGUCGCCGAAAGGCGAGUCUGGGCUCAGAGAAUUCUCGAGGCUACUACGCCGAUUUUUCCUACGAGAUAUACUACCGAGCUCACCAGAGUAGGUUGGGCGUGUUUGAAGGAAGGUAUAACAGGCACAUGGUUCCCAGCUUGGGUUCUUCUACAACAAAGAACCUUGAUUUACACAAAACCUUUGGAUCCUGCGUUACCUGUGAACUUUGAACACGUAGAUCUACGGAAAGCGCGUUGCAUCGUGUUGCGGGAGCAAGAAGGACCGAUUGCCGGCAAGUUUGUGCCAGUUGUAGUGGUAGAUGCUGGAGGUAGUGGUGCUUUGCACAUCGCCACACCAGGAACAUACGAGGCGCCUGCUUGGCGACAUGCACUUUAUCAAGCAGCUACUAACUGCGGCCCCGCCUUAGACCAACAGCAAAUUACGCAGGACAACGUGCCGGUCAUCUUGGAUAAAUGCGUCAACUUUAUCUACGCGCACGGCAUAAUGUCUGAGGGUAUUUAUCGUCGCAGUGGAUCAAGUAGUGCUGUAGUGAGAUUAUUGGAGGCUUUUAGACGAGAUGCCUGGGCCACACAAAUCACGCGAAAUUCGUACAGCGAACAUGACGUUGCCACAGUUCUUAGAAGAUUUUUACGGGAUUUACCGGAUCCAUUGUUCCCCGCUGACAUUCACGAUCGUCUUUGUCUCGCCUCAGAAUUAACCAGUGAGGAAAACAAGAUAGCGACUUACCAAAAGUUACUGUCCAUUCUGAAUUCUGUAACGUCGGCCACACUUCGCCGGAUUCUGGCACACCUUCAUGGUCUCAGUCAGCAAAGUGCCAGAAAUCUAAUGACUGUCGAGAACUUAUCGGCAAUUUGGGGCCCUACCUUGAUGCACGCCGGCGAAAAUAGCGCGGAGGAGUGGAAUCGAAGAGAGACCAAAGUCGUCGGCGAUCUUAUCAGGCUGUAUCCAAAACUCUACCAAUUGUCGCCAGCUGAUUUGGCCAAGGAGGCGAAAAUGCUAGAAGUCGUAGAGAAGCAUCAUGUGUCCAACAAUGCGCCACGAGGCGCACCGUCAGGAGACCUUAAGAUUUGGAUAUACAUCCUAUCGCGGGAUAGAGAAUGCGUAAACGUCACCAUCGGACCUCAGAAGACAGCGUUCGACGUAUGCCGAGAACUUGCCGAAAAAGCUAACUUGCCGCCUCACGAAUUAUGCUUAGAGGAAUACACGCUGUCCGGUGCGCUGGAACGGCCGUUGCAUCACAACGAACGUGUCUUAGAGACAGUGGCGAGAUGGGGGUAUUGGGAUCCGGACGACAGGAAAGACAACGUCCUCGUGCUCAAGAAGAACCGGUUGUACAAAGACAUCGUGCCUCUGGUGAAACCGCCGAUGACGAUCUCCGGGGAACUCAAGUUCGCGGAUACCAAGACGAAGAAUCUGAAGACUUAUCUCUUCGAAUUUAGUCAAGCAAAGCUCUGCUGUUACAAGGACAAGGUGUGCUCCGUAAAGUUUCACGAGUGGAAGAUAGAGGAUAUUGUUUGGUACUUGGGACACGAACCUAAACGCAACCCACAGAUGGGCUGGUCCAUUACAUUCAUCAUGAAAAAUAAGAAGCCCACGAGAUGUAAAGACAGUCCAUACUUCGGCAACACUUUGGCAGGCACGUCCAAGGAUGAACAAUAUAGAUGGUUAGCAGCCAUGCUCUUCGGCGAGUAUCAAAUGAAUCUCCGACCUUCCGCGGUGAAUCUGAUGGAUCCAUGACGAUCCUUACAAGUCGCUUAAUGCCUUUAAAGUGACUGAUAGGUGAUAAAUGUAGAAAUGUACAGUAUUCGAGCCAAUUAGUUCGAUAUUUUAUAAUUUCUUUAUACAUCUUUCUCCUAAAAAUCUGAAAAAUCUGAAAAUGUCUAAUCUCGUCUAAAGCAUAUACUAUGUAUGAAUUGAAUUAUUGUUACGAAUCGAUUGGCAUAAUUAGUGAAAAAUUCUAUUUUUAUAACUCAACGAUGUUGUGAGUUUGUCAUUUUACCAUAUUAACAAAUUAUAUAUAAUUUAAUUAUCGCAAAAUAUAUAAAACAUUGUGCAUGAAAUGCCACUUUCGUAAUAGAAAAAUAAAUUUAAUAAGAGAUAAAAAUGAAUAUGUAUACAAUAUUUUAUAAUAAAUCUAUUUUAACAUACAUGCGAAAACAUACGUGUAUUUAAUAAUAUACUAUUCACUAUAUUUAUUUAUAUUGAAUUUGUUCAUAUCUGAUUAUGAAUAUCAGUCUUCAGAAUAUUAAUUUAUUUCAAAUCACAUUCUGUAAUAAAGAAUAUACCCGUCUAUUUGAAGAUUUAUAAUAUUUAUAUUAUUUUUGAAGAACAGACUGUUGAUUGUAGUACUACAUUCCAUUUUAUUCCCGCAAUUUUUUAAAUAAUUUUUAUUUAUUAGACAUUUAUACUUUCUGUUAAUUUUCUUCAUCGUAACAUUCAUAUGUAUUGCAAUAUUAUUCAUUAUUAUCCCUUUUACUUCUCUAUUACUAUAAGCGGUAUGCUUCGAUUCCACAAUGUUAUCGUACGUUUAUCUCGCAAAGUCUGAUUAAUACAAAUGUGUUUUUCUCAGACCAUGUAUGCUCUGACAUGAUACGUAAAGAGAGUAUUCUCAAGCUGCAUAUCAGUAUCUGAGUCUUUAGGUGGAACGGUUUUCUCAGAUAUCUUGUUUGAAACUAUUUGUGAUGGGAAAUCAUAUAAAAACAGAAGGAUCACAUAAAAAUCGAUAUAUAAUAUGAGUUCUUUACAAGUACAAAAUAGUUUAUAACAGUUUUGAGAUGUGAAAGAGUUCUUAAUUCACUUGAUUUUUGAAAGGCACUCUCGAAAGGUAUACUUUCAAAUGCGCGCAAGUGUAUUAUUUAUAAAACUUAUUCUGACAAUUAUUGGAAUUAUUAGAGAAACAUUAUCUAUCCUUUGAAUUCGCGCAAUUUUGAAAUUUACACAUUUUGAUAUGUUCGAUAUAACAGAUGUUAGAAAUAUUCAUUCAGCGGAAUAACAUAUGGGAAAUUUCGUUAUUAGUGUUUUCCGGGCACAGUUGAUAUUGCUUUUUGUGGUCAACUGAUAUUAUAUUAUGUUCAUAGUAGCUGCGGAAAACAAUCUGUAUAUAUCCUGUGUAAUAUAAUGUAUAAUAUGAUGUAUAAUCGUUUUUCUAUAUUCAAACUAUUUUUAGUUAUUGAAUAAACGGAAGAUAUUAAUAUUUCAA